ACGUUGAGACGUUGAUACUGAGUAUUACUGACCACUUGCGAUGUCCAACUCAAAGGAAGCAGAUCCGCAUCCGUCUCGAUGGCGCAGGUUCCUGCAGUACAUUGAGGUACCCAUUGAUCCUGGAGUGCCCAAUACACCAUGGCUCAACCGCGACCUCAUUCCCAUGCCCAAAGAGCGCCGCACCUAUAAGAUAUGGUCCUACUUCAUUUUCUGGUGCAUCGGUGGUCUCUCCAUUUCAUCGUAUACUGCCGGCAGCACAUUACUCGCGUAUGGCCUAGAUGCGACACAGGCCAUCGUCACUCUCGUCAUCUGCGGUCUUAUCGUUGGAGUGCUUUGUGUCACCUGCGGGUGGAUGGGAGAGAGACACCACAUAGGUUUUACUGUGGCGUGCAGGUUCUGCUGGGGCAUGCGAGGCGCCUAUUUUCCUGUUAUCGUUCGUGCUUUUGUCUGGGAUGGCCUCCAGGCCUACUGGGGUGGACAAGCUGUUACAAUCGGCGCCAUCAUUCCUGCAGGAGGAAUCUUGCUGACGAAGGACUUCAUAGGCACAAUCAUCUACUACAUAUUUUUCAUGACAAUCAUGCGCAUCCCUCCUGAGGGACUCCAGAAACCCUUCAUCGUCUCGUGUGUCAUGUUUAGCGCCACCCUGAUCGGACUUCUUGUUUGGGCGGUCUCGAACACACAUUCUGGCGGUCCCUUGUUUCAGGAGAAAGCGAGUCCCGUUCGUGGAACAGGAUGGGCCAUGUUAUUCGGUAUGACUGCGAUUAUUGGCGCGUGGAGUGGUGGAACCAUCGGUCAGAGCGACUGGACGCGCUAUGCUAACCGGCCAUAUGCGCCUACGCUAUCUCAGUUAAUCGCUGUUCCAUUUUUCAUCAUUGUGUGUGCCACGAUUGGUAUCAUCGUCACGUCAUGCGCCCAAGAAAUUGUAGGGAGUUUGAUUUGGGAGCCUUUCCUGCUUCUCGCAGCUCUGCAGAAUUACUAUAAUGACUCCCCGAGAGGUAAGGACAAUCUCACGGUAAGUGUGGGUGCUCACUUCUCCAUCGGACAUUUCUUUGCUGGACUCAGCUGUGUAUGCGCCCAGCUCGGCAUGAGCAUUGUUCUCAACUCUGUGAGCGUCGGAAUGGAUCUCUCACGCUAUAUCAACAUCAGGAGGGGUGCUUACCUGCUCGCCUUCCUGGGUCUAGCUUCAAACCCUUGGCAAUACCUGUCUAGUGCUUCAAUUUUCUUGACCGUACUAUCUAGCUUCGGAAUAUUCUUCGCCUCCUUUUCUGGGAUUCUUCUCGCAGACUACUUCGUGGUAAGGGGAUGCAUGAUCAAGCUCGAGGACUGCUACAUCGGAGACAAACGCUCUAUUUACUGGUACCACAAUGGCGUCAAUUGGCGUGCCCCGCUCGCCUGGGUGCUUGGGGUUUUCCCAGCCAUGCCUGGGUUUAUUAUGACAACCCGCGACGCGACUGCGUGGAAUGUAUGGGUGCGCAUUUUCCACAUUGCGUUCUUCGUCGGCCUUUUGAUAUCAUUCGUCGCGUUCUCGGUGAUUUGUUGGGUCUCACCCCCGGGAAAUGUGGGUAUUGGAGUGCUGUAUCACGAGGACAAUAGUUUCGAAGUGGAGGGUGAACUGGAGACCGAGGAGAAGGAAAAGGGACCAGUGUAGGAUUGGCAUAGAUGGUGGUUUGUUCUGCAAGACCUCCUAUCUGUAAGGAUUCCCCAUUCUCUAUGCGCCGACCAUGCUUCAAAAAUGAAGACGCUCGAACCACGCGGUCGACGUCAUCCACGUGAUUCAUUGAUACGAAGAGCGCAACUCUUCGCAUCCGAAUUACGUGGAUAGAUUCCUUUCAUUUCUCCUUUUCUCUCUUUCGUUAUCUUACCUUGUGUUCAGACUUCACGAUUCCCGUUUCUUCACCGAUAUCUUUGAACUCGCCAUAUGCUCCUUAUUUUCGUUCCAGCCCAGUCAAGUACUCGAAAACGUAUAUAUACUGCUCAUGUAGACUCAUACCAGCAGCAGAAUCACAUGUUGGUUCCCUGCUCCAAGCAAAUGUAGCGCUACAGAAAGUCUCAGCCUCUCGAGACGCUCUGUUCUUUUAACUCGC